ACAGGUAACUGAAAUAUGGAAAACCUAAAGUCAACUUUAUUCAAAUUUAAGGGAUAUUAUUUUAGUCGGUUAGGACUUAAACUUGACUUGGUAGAAAACUUAGAAGAUUUUGAAAUCAGAGAUGAUGAUGUCUUCAUAGUCACAUAUCCCAAAUCUGGAACCAUCUGGUUUCAGCAGAUAUUAAGCUUGAUUUAUUCUGAAGAACAUCGCAAAAGGACUGGGAAUCGGAGCACAGUUGAUCAAGUUCCUUUCAUGGAGUACAACUUUCGAAAAAAAAAUAUUGUCAAAAGACCAUCUCCUCGUCUCUUUGUUACCCACCUCCCAUACUACUUGUUUCCAAGUGGGAUGCAGAACAACAAAGCCAAAAUUAUUUACAUAUACAGAAACCCUAAGGACGUUUUAUGCUCAUAUUUUUACUUUUUUAAGAAUGUGGCAUUACAACUUACAGGUUCCUUUGAUGAACUUUUUGAACAAUUUCUAGAAGGAAAAGUGAUAGGAAGCCUUUGGUUUGACCACAUCAAAGGUUGGUAUGAGCACAAAAGCCUCUUCAACAUUCAGUUCAUGAUAUAUGAGGAGAUGAAGAAGAAUUUCAGAGGUUCUAUAGUAAAAGUCUGCAAAUAUCUGGGGAAGGAAUUAAUUGAUGAGGACAUGGACGCUGUGGUGACACAGGCCAUGUUUGAGAACAUGAAGUCUGAUCCACGAGCAAAUUAUGACAGUAUAAUGGAGAUUGUUGGGAUACCAACAAAUGGCCAUUUCCUUCGCAAAGGUACCAUUGGAGACUGGAAAAAUCACAUGACUGUUGAGCAGAAUGAAAGGUUUGACAAGAUUUUCCAAAGGGAGAUGAAAGAUUUUCCCUUGAAGUUCAUCUGGGAUAUGAAUGAAGAAUAG